GAAAUUCUGAAAGGAUUGAUAUAAAAAAAUGUACAAAAUAAAGCAGCAUAAAUUAAAAGUGGCUCUUUGUAUGGCUGUACAAAUAAAUUUUAUAAAUAAUAAAAGAAAAAGAAGCAUAUGGGUGAAAAAAUGGAUGGAGGAUCGUAACAAAUAUGGUCACAUGCCACUAUUAAAAGAACUAAGACAAGAUUAUCCUAGUGAUUUUAAAAAUUAUCUUCGUAUGGACUUUGAUACAUUUAAUAUAUUAUUAGAAUUGAUCUCACCUAUUAUUUCUAAACAAAACACGAAGAUGAGAGAAAGUAUUAGUGCGGAGGAAAGACUAGCUGCCACAUUACGCUACUUAGCGACAGGUCGCUCCAAUGAAGAUCUUAAAUUUUCUACUGGAAUAUCACCAUCUUCCUUAUGCUACAUCAUACCCGAAACAUGCAAAGCCAUAUAUCAGGUUCUUAAAGAAACUUAUUUGAAGUUUCCAAAAACAAAAGACGAUUGGUGCCAAGUAGCAUCGGAUUUUAAAAAUCAAUGGCAGUUUAUAAAUUAUGGGGGAGCCCUUGACGGGAAGCAUAUACGCAUUGUUCCGCCUCCUCAUUCGGGAGCUCAAUAUUACAACUACAAAAACUUUUAUAGCAUCGUUCUACUAGCGCUUGUAAACGCAAAUUAUGAAUUUAUUUACAUCGAUGUUGGGAAAAAUGGAAGACAUUCCGAUGGAGGAAUUUUGGAGUACACAGAAUUUUAUGAUAAAUUGACAAAAGGUAUAAAAUAAAGGUCAUUUUUUUAUGCAAGAGGUUUUUUUUAUUAAAACGAUAAUUUUUUCAGGUCAAUUACAUUUGCCGAAUAAUGAUGAAACGGAGAAACAUCUUAAUUACGUUUUCUUAGGCGAUGAAGCAUUUUCACUGCACGAAAAUUUUUUGAAACCGUAUCCUCAAAGAGAUCUAUCAUUGGAAAAUAGAGUUUUUAACUACCGUUUAUCCCGUGCACGCAAUGUUGUUGAGAAUACUUUUGGUUUACUAUACCAUACACAUUACCGAUCCACAAAAUAUCACCUACGUGAUUUUGGCUAUUUGUGCUUUGCACAAUUUUCUUAUAAGACGCACGACUUCUUAUGCACCUCCCAGAUCGUUUGAUCACGAAGAUUUGGCGACUCACAAAUUACAAAUGGGUGAAUGGCGGAAUAGCAGUACCGAACUUACCAGUUUACGAACAAGUACGCAAAAAAAUGUAACAAUAAACGCUAAAAGUAAUCGCGAGAAGUACAAACAUUAUUUUAAUUUGGAAGGAAAAGUUCCGUGGCAACUUGACAUGAUAAAGAAAGGAAAAGCUUAAUUUAUAUUAUUAUAACUCACCUGUGUUAAUAAAUUUUUUUUUACGCCUGUGUCUGUGUUUUCUUGUAAUUCAGUAUCCUGAGAUUCACUUUCAUUAUUAUGCUCUUGUAGUAUUUGGCAUUCAUUAUUCUCUGCAUGUUCUCCUGCCCCAUUGUCACAUCCUGCCUCUAAUUCGUCCGUAUCCAUAUUGCUUAUACUAGCGGUUGGUAUUUCCUGAUCACUGGUAAAUAACAAUAGGUCGUAGUACCAUAAAGUGGGUAUGUAGACAUCAUCUGCCCCAGCUCCACUUCGUAUUGAUUCUGCCACCUUUUUUACUUCCUUGCGAAAAGAACCUCUGAAGCUUUGAAUCUUUUUUAUAACAUAGUCUUUAUUUGCCUCAGGAAAAAUGGUUUUGCAGACCUCUACCAAUUUCUCGUAAGCUUUAUUUUUUAGGUUUUUAUUUGUAUAGUCUUUUGACCUGACCUUCCAUAGACACGGAUACGAUUUA